AUGCAGAGGGCAGCAGGGCGCACGGGGCGCACAGGGCAGCAGGGCGCGCGGGGCGCACAGGGCUGCAGGGCGCGCGGGGCGCACAGGGCAGCAGGGCAGCAGGGCGCACAGGGCUGCAGGGCAGCAGGGCGCGCGGGGCAAACAGGGCAGCAGGACGCGCGGGGCGCGCAGGGCUGCAGGGCGCGCAUGGCGCGCAGGGCUGCAGGGCGCACAUGGCGCGCAGGGCAGCAGGACAGCAGGGCGCGCAGGGCUGCAGAUCCCCUCCCCCCCACCGCUGCACCCGCAGCAGGGGGAUGGAGGAGAAAUCCCCUCCCCCCCACUGCUGCACCCGCAGCAGGGGUGGAGGAGAAAGGGGGGGGGGGCGGGGGGGGCUGGUGCUGCAGGUCCCCUCCCCCCACUGCCGUAUCCGCAGCAGGGGGAGAUAGGAUAAGGGGGUGGGGGGGGGCUGGUGCUGCAGAUCCCCUCCCCCGCCACUGCUGCACCCGCAGCAGGGGGGAGGUAGGAGAAGGGGCGGUGCAGGAGCCGCUCGGGCGACAGCAGGGCACCGGGGCCGCGGUUAGGGGCGGCAGGUCGCGAGGGGCCAUGGCUAGGGGCGACGGGGCCAUAGCUAGGGACGGGGCCGGGCGCUGGGCAGGUACGGGGCCGGGCGCUGGGCAGGUACGGGGCCGGGCUCUGGGCAGGUACGGGGCCGGGCUCUGGACAGGUACGGGGCCGGGCGCUGGGCAGGUAUGGGGCCGGGUGCUGGGCAGGUACGGGGCCGGGCGCUGGGCAGGUACGGGGCCUGGCGCUGGGCAGGUAAGGGGCCGGGCAGUGGGCAGGAACGGGGCCGGGCGCUGGGCAGGUACGGGGCCGGGCGCUGGGCAGGUACGGGGCCGGGCUCUGGACAGGUACGGGGCCGGGCUCUGGGCAGGUACAGGGCCGGGUGCUGGGCAGGUACAGGGCCGGCCGCUGGGCAGGUACGGGGCCGGGCGCUGGGCAGGUACGGGGCCGGGCGCUGGGCAGGUACGGGGCCGGGCGCUGGGCAGGUACGGGGCCUGGCGCUGGGCAGGUAAGGGGCUGGGCACUGGGCAGGAACGGGGCCGGGCGCUGGGCAGGUACGGGGCCGGGCGCUGGGCAGGUACGGGGCCGGGCGCUGGGCAGGUACGGGGCCGGGCGCUGGGCAGGUACGGGGCCGGGCUCUGGGCAGGUACGGGGCCGGGCGCUGGGCAGGUAUGGGGCCGGGUGCUGGGCAGGUACGGGGCCGGGCGCUGGGCAGGUACGGGGCCUGGCGCUGGGCAGGUAAGGGGCCGGGCAGUGGGCAGGAACGGGGCCGGGCGCUGGGCAGGUACGGGGCUGGGCGCUGGGCAGGUACGGGGCCGGGCUCUGGACAGGUACGGGGCCGGGCUCUGGGCAGGUACAGGGCCGGGUGCUGGGCAGGUACAGGGCCGGCCGCUGGGCAGGUACGGGGCCGGGCGCUGGGCAGGUACGGGGCCGGGCGCUGGGCAGGUACGGGGCCGGGCGCUGGGCAGGUACGGGGCCUGGCGCUGGGCAGGUAAGGGGCCGGGCACUGGGCAGGAACGGGGCCGGGCGCUGGGCAGGUACGGGGCCGGGCGCUGGGCAGGUACGGGGCCGGGCGCUGGGCAGGUACGGGGCCGGGCGCUGGGCAGGUACGGGGCCGGGCUCUGGGCAGGUACGGGGCCGGGCGCUGGGCAGGUAUGGGGCCGGGUGCUGGGCAGGUACGGGGCCGGGCGCUGGGCAGGUACGGGGCCUGGCGCUGGGCAGGUAAGGGGCCGGGCAGUGGGCAGGAACGGGGCCGGGCGCUGGGCAGGUACGGGGCCGGGCGCUGGGCAGGUACGGGGCCGGGCUCUGGACAGGUACGGGGCCGGGCUCUGGGCAGGUACAGGGCCGGGUGCUGGGCAGGUACAGGGCCGGCCGCUGGGCAGGUACGGGGCCGGGCGCUGGGCAGGUACGGGGCCGGGCGCUGGGCAGGUACGGGGCCGGGCGCUGGGCAGGUACGGGGCCUGGCGCUGGGCAGGUAAGGGGCCGGGCACUGGGCAGGAACGGGGCCGGGCGCUGGGCAGGUACGGGGCCGGGCGCUGGGCAGGUACGGGGCCGGGCGCUGGGCAGGUACGGGGCCGGGCGCUGGGCAGGUACGGGGCCGGGCUCUGGGCAGGUACGGGGCCGGGCGCUGGCUAG